AUGGGGCCAAAUAACCUUCAGGAUAAUCCCCAGCAUUCAACUCAACCACAGACACCAGUAACAAAUUUACAAGGCAUGCAAAUGCAUGCAUACAACCAGCUGACUCCUUUGCAUAUUCAGCUUCACCCAACGUUCUUGACUUCCAGCACACCUAGUCCAAGCCCAAAUUCUCCUACACUCAAUACAGAGUUUCCAGAGAAUGCUACAGGCCUUGUAGCAUUAAACUGGACUCCAGUUCAGCAGCCCCAAUCGUUCCAGGAGCAGAAUUCAGCUCACCUUUCAUCUCUGGCUCUACAGUCCACUCAAAGCCCCUCUCCAGCACUAGAGAAGUCAAAAUCUAAAGGAAAGGUGAAGGAGAAAGCUGCACUGAAAAAGACAGGAAAAGGGUCACAAUCUGGAAAGAAUGUGCAUGCUUCUAGUGCUUCAGAUAUAGAAAUUAGCAACUUAACUGAAAAGAUGAAAGAUGAUGCCAAGGUAUUCAAUGUGAAAGAGACGAAGGGAAAGGCUUCAUAG